UUAAAGCCAGGGUAAGGGGGUUUGCUACAAGUUGGUCUUCGGCCGGGGCUAGGGUUUCCCCGCGGUGACAGCAUCCGUGGCCUCCGGAGGACCAUGUCAUUAGACUUUGGCAGUGUGGCACUGCAGACACAAAACGAAGAUGAAGAAUAUGACAAAGAAGAUUAUGAAAGGGAGAAAGAGUUGCAGCAGUUACUCACAGACCUUCCUCAUGAUAUGCUGGACGAUGACCUGUCCUCCCCCGAGCUCCACUACUCGGACUUCAGCGAGAAUGGCAUGGAGGGAGAACCACAUCGUUCUGAGCAAUCGGAGAUGAACUGGAAUGAGCGUCAAGUGCUGCCUAAAUCUCAAAGUGAGUAUAAGAUUCAAGAUUUAUAUACUGGAGAGAAGAGUGGCAAUGGCUGGGAAGAGAAUCAAAGUGAAACUGAACGCCAACAUCCUGGGUACUGUCUCGAAGAAGGUGGAGAUGAAGGUGGAAGUGGUUAUAGUCCUCCAAGUAAAUAUGAACAGGCUGAUUUAUAUCACCUUCCUGAAAACUUCAGGCCAUAUACCAAUGGUCAGAAGCAGGAAUUUAAUAGCCAACCAACCAAUGUAAUUAAAAUUUCAGAUCCUCAAAGGAAUCAUUUUCAGCAAUUUGGUACAUCACAAGGUCCCAGUUGUCAACCUUUGGAACCAUAUAAAGUGACAUAUAAACCUUAUCAAUCUUCUGCCCAGAAUAAUGGCUCACCAGCCCAGGAGAUAGCAGGAAGUGACACAUUUGAAGGCCUUCAACAACAAUUUUUAGGAGCUAAUGAAAAUUCUGCAGAAAAUAUGCAGAUUAUUCAACUUCAGGUUCUUAACAAAGCAAAAGAGAGACAACUAGACAGUUUGGUUGAAAAGUUAAAUGAAAGUGAACGUCAAAUUAGAUAUCUGAAUCACCAGCUUCUGAUAAUCAAAGAUGAAAAGGAUGGUUUGACCCUUAGCCUUCGAGAAUCACAGAAACUCUUUCAGAAUGGAAAAGAAAGAGAGAUACAGCUUGAAGCACAAAUAAAAGCAUUGGAGACCCAAAUACAAGCGUUAAAAGUCAAUGAGGAACAGAUGAUUAAGAAGUCCAGAACAACUGAGAUGGCUCUGGAAAGCCUGAAGCAGCAGCUGCUGGACCUUCAUCGUUCUGAAUCACUUCAACGCACUAGAGAGCAGCAUGAGAGCAUUGUCAUGGGCCUCACAAAAAAGUACGAAGAGCAAGUGUUGUCCUUACAAAAGAAAUUGGAUGCUACAGUUACUGCACUUAAGGAACAGGAAGACAUUUGCCGUCAUUUGAAAGAUCAGGUGAAACAACUGGAAAGGAAUCAAGAAACAACCAAAUUGGAAAAGACUGAGAUCAUUAACAGAUUGACGAGGAGUCUAGAGGAGACUCAAAAGCAGUGUGCCAAUUUGUUGCACUCAGGCUCAGUCCAGGAGGUGGCUCAGCUACGGCUCCAGCUGCAGCAAGCACAAAAGGCACAUGCUAUGAGUGAAAACAUGAACAAGGCUUUGCAAGAGGAAUUAACAGAACUAAAAGAUGAAAUUUCUCUCUAUGAAUCUGCUGCAAAACUAGGAAUACUUCCAAGUGACUCAGAAGGAGAAUUAAAUAUAGAACUCACUGAAUCAUAUGUGGAUUUGGGUAUUAAAAAAGUCAACUGGAAAAAAUCAAAAGUUAAGAGCAUUGUACAGCAAGAAGACCCAAAUGAAGAGGUGUCUAAAGAUGAGGUCAUUCUGAAGCUGAAAGCAGAAGUGGAGCGUUUGCUGAGUAGCAACUCGGUGAAGCGUCAUCUGGUGUCUCAGUUACAAAAUGAUCUCAAAGGCUAUCGUAAGAAAAUCGAAGAUCUCCAGCAAGUGGAGAAGAAUAAAGAAAGCAUCGAGGUUGAGACUAAAACAGAUACUGCAGAAAAACCAACUAAUCAAUUAUGGCCUGAUUCUUCUACUUCUGAUGUGAUUGUCAAAGAUGAUAUUCUGCAACUUAAAAAUGAAAUUCAAGUUUUACAACAACAAAAUCAGGAACUUAAAGAAAAUGAAGAAAAACUGAGAAAUACAAAUCAAGACUUAUGUAAUCAAAUGAGACAAAUGGUACAAGAUUUUGACCGUGAUAAACAAGAAGCUGUGGAUAGGUGUGAGAGGACUUACCAGCAGCACCAUGAAGCCAUGAAAGCCCAAAUCCGCGAAAGCCUGUUAGCAAAGCACACUUUGGAGAAGCAGCAGCUCUUUGAGAUUUAUGAGGGGACUCGCUUGCAACUUAGGUCUGAAUUAGAUAAGAUGAACAAGGAGAUGGUUGCUGUGCAGGAAUGUUACCUGGAAGUGUGCAGAGAGAAAGAUAAUUUAGAAUCGACUAUCAGGAAGACCAUUGAAAAGGAGCAACAGGCUCAGGAGAAGAAGAUCAAACAAGAACUUACUCAACAGCUUGAAAAAGAGUGGCAGUCUAAGCUGGAUCAAACUAUAAAGGCAAUGAAAAAGAAGACCUCAGAUUGUUGCAGCCAAACUGACCAAGUAACCACCAUCGAUGUUAUUUCCAAGAAAGAGAUGGCAAUCACGAUAGAAGAGCAGAAGCGAAAGAUCCAGCAAGAUUUAGAGCAAGAGAAGGAAAUAGCUAUCAAGGGGGGCUUGAAGAAAAUUGAGGUUGAGUUGGAACUCAAAUAUUGUGAAAAUAUUGCCAAACAGGUAGAAACAGCUGUGCAAAAUGCUCGUCACCGAUGGCUGGAAGAAAUGCCUGAGCUUGCAGAGUAUAAAGCGCGUGUAAGAGCAGAACAGAAGAAGUGGGAAGAACAACAAGAGAUCUCUGUGGCCAAACGGAUAUUGUUUGCCAUUUCUGAAGCUAAAGAGAAAUGGAAAAGCGAGCUUGAAAAUAUGAAGAAAAAUGUAAUCCCUGGAAAGGAAUUGGAAGAGAAGAUUCAUUCUCUUCAGAGAGAGCUGGAGUUAAAGAACGAGGAAGUCCCUGUGGUUGUCAGGGCUGAGUUGGCUAAGGCCCGGAGUGAGUGGAACAAAGAAAAGCAAGAAGAAAUCCACAGAAUUCAAGAACAAAAUGAGCAAGAUUACCGGCAAUUUUUAGAUGAUCAUCGAAAUAAAAUUAAUGAGGUGCUUGCGGCAGCUAAAGAAGACUUUGUGAAACAAAAAACUGAGCUCCUUCUUCAGAAGGAGACAGAACUACAAACAUGUCUAGACCAGACUCGUAGAGAGUGGACUAUGCAGGAAGCCAGGCGGAUCCAACUGGAAAUCGCUCAGUAUGAGGAGGACAUCCUAACUGUACUUGAAUUUCUCUUAAAGGAUACCCAUAAGGAGCAUGUCAGUGGGUCAGAGAACAAGCGACUCUUGGAAGUGCUGUCGACUUGUUCUUCAAAAUGGGUGUCUGUGCAAUAUUUUGAGAAAGUGAAGGCCUGCAUACAGAAAGCAUUUCAAGAUAUUCUCUCCCUACUUAUAGAAAAUGCCAACUCAGAAUGGGAAAAGAGAAAUAUGGCCAAGGUGUCUAAGGAUCCUGCUACAGGAGUCACUGGCAGAGGAGACCCUGGAGUCCCUGCAGCCCUUCCUGCAACCACUUCCAGACACCACACUCAGCCCUUGUUCUUGCAAGAGACAGAAGCAGAAGCUGAUAAGAAAAAGAUCCUUGAAAUUAAAGAUUCAUACUGUGGACACUGCUUCCAAGAACUUGAAAAGACAAAGCAGGAAUGUCAAGAUCUGAAAAGAAAACUGGAGAAAUGCUGUAGGCAUCUUCAGCAUUUAGAAAGGAAGCACAAAGCUGUAGUGGAAAAAAUCGGAGGAGAUGAUAGUGGAGCUGUUGAAGAAUUAAUAGAAGGAAACAAUGACAGGAAGAAUAAACUGGAAGAGCUGGGAACACUUUGUAAAACACCCCCAAGGUCGUUGUCAGAAGGGGCCAUUGAAAAUGCUUGCCUGCCAUGCAAUAGGUUGGCCUUGGAAGAACUUCGUGGGCAGUAUAUUAAAGCUGUAAAAAAAAUUAAGCGUGAUAUGCUUCGUUAUAUUCAGGAGAGUAAGGAAAGAGCUGCGGAAAUGGUAAAAGCAGAGGUACUGCGAGAACGUCAAGAAACCGCCCGAAAGAUGCGCAAAUAUUAUUUGACUUGCCUCCAACAGAUUUUGCAGGAUAAUGGAAAACAGGAAGGGGCUGAGAAAAAGAUUAUGAAUGCUGCUAGCAAACUUGCUACAAUGGCAAAAUUGCUGGAAACGCCUAUUUCUAAUAGAUCCCAGAGCAAAACUACACAGUCAGGAGAACUGCCUCUGACUUCAGAGAUGCUGAUUGGAGUUGAAAAAUCAAAAAGAAAUGAUGUGACUCAGAAUUUACCAUGUCACAUUGAAAGCAAAUCAAACAGUGUACACACCAGCCCCAGAAAUAUGUGCGACCAAGUUCCCAAGAGGAGGGCUGCUUGUAACUUACAAAGGCGGUUAGAGGACGCAGAGCACCAGGAUGUAAAGCAUGUGGGUUCCAAAGGGUCACAUUCAGACUUGCAGUCCGGGGAUAACAGUUACAAACACCUAGACAUUUUGCCAAGGAAUGUUUCUCCUGAGUUUGUUCCUUGCGAAGGUGAAAGAGGCUUCGGUUUGCACAAGAAGACAGACCUCCUCAGUGAUACCGGCUCUGACUCACUUCAGCAUUCAGCCACAUACUCCUUUCUUGGAUCCUUCGGAAAUAAACCCUUACCUAGAUAUACCCCUAGUCUUUCUGAGUCCGGAUCCACACGUAUAAACUUUCGAGGUCCUAAUGAAAGACUUGGUUUAAAAGUGUAUAAGUGUAACCCACUAAUGGAAAGUGAAAAUGCUGCAUCUGAGAAAAGUCAAAGUUUGGGUGUUCAGGAAGCUCCAGUAAAGGAUGGAGGGGAUCUUAGUGACUCUGUAGGCUGGCAUUCCAGCAGUACCGCUUUACCCUGCAACAGCCAGGAAGUGUCAUUUUCACAUGGGAGGCCACAAGAAACCCUGGAUACACUGGCUGAAUCUGUUAAUUUCAAACAGUUUUCAGCAGCCAGUUGUCUUUCAGAUACGGAGAAAAAGAACAUGAUUUGUCGACCGAUGAAAUGUCAGAGUGGUCACACUCCAGAUCUGUCAGAAGAAACCACAUAUUCCCAGCCGAGGAAGAUCGGUAUGACUCUUGGACACCCACCUCACCAUAAGGCUGAUAUAGCAAAGUCAGAAUUCAAAAAACUGAGCAGUACAGUACCAUCUUCAGUGUGUCGGCACCCUGUGAAAAAAUUAAUCCCUCCUCUAUCUAGCCAACAAGAUAGUGGCUUUGAUAGCCCAUUUGUCAAUCUAGACUAAUUUUUGUAUAGUAUUUAAGGAGAAUCAUUAAUAUAUUGAGAAGAAAACUGGAAGAGAAGACUUCAUACUGAAAAAUUUGUGGGCUUUGCCUAUUUUGAGAUGUUUUAAUAACAUCUGACUAUCAUGAGUAAAGUACUCUCAUAAAAUAACUUGAGAUAUUAAUGUUGCCUUAAUCUUCCAAAGGCCUGAUGAUGUAUGUGUAAGCUGCUUCUGUGUGGUGCUUAUAUUUGGUUGCUAAACCAUCUAUUUUUAU